AUGAGCGUCGACGACAAAACCACAGAGCUAGACGCCCUUGUUGUGGGUGCAGGGUUUGCCGGCAUCUAUCAACUGCACACCCUUCGCAACCUCGGAUACUCAGUCAAGGUCAUUGACAAAGCAGAGGGUGUUGGUGGUACUUGGUUUUGGAACAGGUACCCUGGUGCUAUGAGUGAUAGUGAAAGCUUUGUAUUUCGCUUCACUUGGGACAGGGACGACCUGAGAACGUACCCUUGGACCGACCGUUACUUGCAGGGGCCGGAAAUCUUGAAGUAUCUCGAACACAUUGUGGACAAGCACAACCUUCGCAAAGACAUUCAACUCAACACUGAACUGUUGAGCGCAGAUUGGGACCCUGAACAAGACAAAUGGCGCGUGACUACCAGCACCAACGAAGUCUUCGUGGCCCGUUACUUGAUAACGGCACUGGGCUUACUUUCCACGGCUAAACUGCCAAACAUACCAGGACUGGAUGAUUUCACAGGGGAAAUCUGUCAUACCUCGCGCUGGAGAGAAGAUUUUGACUUGAGCGACAAGCGUGUCGGCGUUCUUGGUAAUGGAUCUACCGGCGUGCAAGUCAUCACCGCGCUCGGCCCUCGGGUCAAGUCGUUGGUCAGUUUUCAGAGAUCUCCUCAGUAUAGCGUCCCCAGCGGCAAUGGGCCAGUGACGCCAGAGUAUCGCCAGUGGUUGAAUGACCAUUACGACGAGAUCGUAGAGAGCCUUCCGAAAACCGCGACCGCCUUUGGCUUCACAGAGUCGACUACACCCUAUGCCUCGGUGGAGCCAGACAAGCGUGAGGAAGUAUUCCAACGUCUCUGGGAUCAGGGCAAUGGAUUUCGAUUCAUGUUUUCGGGAUUCUCAGAUAUUUCCACCAAUAAGGAGGCUAAUGAGGCAACCUGUAACUUUGUCAGGUCGAAAAUUGCCCAGAUUGUCAAAGACCCGGAAAAGGCCAGGAAGCUGAUGCCGCAAGAACCGUACGCGCGACGGCCUCUCUGCGACAGCGGUUACUACCAACAGUUUAAUCGCCCCAAUGUCGACAUCGUUAAUCUCCGGGACACCCCAAUUGACCACUUCUCCGCUACGGGCGUCGAGACGGUCGACGGUAAAUUUCAUGAACUGGACGUCUUGAUACUGGCCACAGGUUUUGACGCCGUCGAGGGGAGUUACACCAGGAUCCAACUCCACGGAAGAUCAGGAGAGUCACUUGCGGAUCACUGGAAGAACGGGCCAACGAGUUACCUCGGGUGCUUUGUUCCUGGGUUUCCCAACCUCCUCAUGAUUAGUGGACCUCAAGGGCCGUUCGCGAAUGCGCCUCCGAACGUCGAGAUGCAGGUCAAUCUCAACAACGAGCUCAUCCAACGAGCGGAGAGACUACGAGCGACGGGCAAGGCUGCCACCAUCGAAGCGAUCCCGGAGGCUGAGGCAGACUGGAGCGAACAUUGUAACGAAGUGGCCCAGACCACCCUGUUCCCGUCCAUCCCAUCGUGGAUAUUCGCCAACGUGCCCGGAGCCCCUAAACCUAUCCCUCGCUUCUUCCUAGGGGGUCUCGCCAACUUUAUCGCAAUCGUGGAUGGCGUCGCCAAAGCAGGCUAUGACGGGUUUGCAGCUCCUCUGGGAAACGGUCGGAAAGAGGUGUGCAAUGGCUCUUCGAAGAAUGGCUCACUGGACCAUGUCACCUUGGAGAACGGCAAGGUCGAGGUUGCUCUUGCUUGA